ACGCAUUAGGGUGGGGCUGAAAAUGGAGAAACAACCUCAGCCUGUCUGGAGCAAACCAGCUGGAAAGAAAAGGAAGAAACAGACCAAGAAAGAGAAUGAUAAGCUUAAGAUAGCAGUAAAGGGUCCUAGAGACAAACCAGUGCAAGAUGACAAGCCUCUACUGCCCCUUUCAUCUGCUCUCACUGUAUGCAAGUUGGAAGAUCAAACCAGCACUAGUACCAGUAGCUCAAGCUUUGAGAAUCACAGGCCACACCAAAAGCACAGGAAAGUUGAAGUCCUCUCAUCAUCAGAUGCAAUGACAUCUUCCUCUGUCUCUUUUACAAUAAAAUCAGUUUCAAUGGAGACUGAGACAAACAACUCAACACCACCUUCUUCUUCUUCACAGGAAUUUACUAAAUCUCCUCCAGCAAGCAACACCAGUCCCAGUUCUCCUUUGUCACUCCCUCCACUUUUAAAAGAGUCCACUGACAGCUGCACUGAUGCAUCCAGUGAGGAGCCGAUGCAGACCAAAGAAGGAAAGGUCAGAGUAGUGACUCUUCGCUGGGAGAAUGAGCUUUCUGAUGAAGAGAAAGAAAAGGAAAGAAUUGAAGAGUAUAAAAUGAAGAGACGAGAGAGAUACAAGGAAGCUUUGGCUUUACAAAGAAAUAACAUUGCAAUAAAUAAUAGCAAGAGUAGAACAUCAUAAAUUAUAAAUUAUUUAGUUAAUAGAUCUAACAAUUAUGAUAAAA